CCCCAUCCUCAACCCCCCACCCCUGGCAGUGUCCAACAUCAUCCUUCCAUCACCUGCCGUUUCGGUGCCAUCUCUUUGACAUCGUCAACUUGCGAUGGAACCGAGAACCGACGUUCUUAUUGUUUAGUUUUCCUUCCAUUCACUAAUCUUGAUCAGUUCCUGCUUGCUUGCACCGUCUUCUCCGUUUUGUAUCCACAAGAUCUACCGAGAUCUACCUUGCGUCAUCCAUCCUCUGGCCCCCCCGGUCAGGAACGAAGCCAAAGCUGCGGCAUCGGGGGAUUCUCCAACCCCACCCCGCCCAUCCAUCACCACAGCUCAGCUCGGCUCGGGUCUCAGGAACCGAGUCAAGAUCGGCGGCGACGCAAGCUUGAGCUUUUUUGCUUGACGGUCGAAUUCAAUCAUAUAGAUCCCUUGCCCGCCUACGCGACGGCCCUGCCCACCAUGGUCGUCUUUGUUGAUCUAGACGACGAGGACAUGGAGCCCCUUCACGUUCUCGAGGCACGCCGCCUGGCAACUGCCGCUGCUGUCGCGACUGAUGCAUUGGAUUCAAGCAGUCGCGAGCUCGAGCACAUGCUUGAGAAGCCGGCGAUUGGCCCGGCCCCGUUGGUGACACCGGCUCCCGUACCAGAGCCAACACCGACAUUUCAGAGUGCUGCUACUGAGGCUUUUGGCUGCUAUCCCAUCGUCAUGUCAAUAGCUGAACACAUCGAUCUCAACACCCUCGACAGUCUCGCCCGCACCUCGCGCCAGGUCCGCCAGGGUCUGCUGCAAUACCGCUCCAUCCUCCUCUCUUCGACGCUGCACUGCUCCAAUGAGGCCGUCCCCGUCGACCCAGAGUCCACGUUCCGCUUUCGUGCGAGAGCCGGCAACUGGUAUUACAUGGAAGAUGGCCGGAACUACAACGGCAAGAGCGGCAGCUGUGCCCGAGACCUGGUGACGGAGUGUAGGAGGUGCAAGACCGUCGUGUGCAGGAACUGCGCUAUCAAGCCGCCAGCCUCCAACGCUCUCCGCGAGCGUCAUCGUAGGCUGUGCCAAUGUUGUACCAAGGCCCCCAUCGCAACUUUCGUCAAUCACGCGCUAGAGCCAGAAACACCUCUGCUCGACGAUGCCGUGAGACGAGAGAUUUGCCGAUGCGACGUCGAAGGCGUCUGGCUGUGUCAGCCCUGUGGGCGGAGCAUGCGCGGGGCCGAUCACGACUACCAGCGUAUCUGGAAAUGGCGGGCUCACUAUGGAGAAGUCCUCGGCGGCCUGGGAACGGGCAUCGGCGAGGGCGACCGCGGCGUCAUCUGCGGUCGCGAGACCGCUUGCGCCGGCGCUAAGGAGCGUGAGAAUGAGACGGAUUGUGAUGCCGAGGACGCGGCCGUCACCGGCGCGAACCUGUGGACGGCCACGGACCAGGUACACCUCGACACUGUGCGAUAUGAGCGCACACCGAGUCCCCAGCUCGGCCCCGGGUACGAGAGGCACGAGAUUGAGGGGAUUGGAGGCGUCGUGAAGACCAAAUUAGUCCGCAUGGUGAGAGUCGGUGCGUGCGUGCCCGAGUGGGACGACGAGAAGAGCCAUCACAACAUCCUCGGAAGAGAGGUGAAGGGCAUCAGGCGGAGUUGGUGUGGCUGGUGCUAUAGAGUCAUUCCCGGUGAGGCUGAUUUGAACAAGGCGGGCGUUACGAUGCGUCAGCUUUGAGGGCUGGCCUUUCUUUCGGGAUGUUUGCUUUUUAAUGAUUUGAUGACAACUCUUAAUUCGUGAAAAGGUAGUUAGGGAUCACCAUCGGGGAAUCUGCCUCGACGCAGGAAUGGACUCGACCUUGUACUGAGACGGCAAGCUAAAUAGCUGCCGGGUAGAAGAUGGAUAGAAAAAGUUUGAUAGUGCCAACCUGCCGUUAAUUCCACAUGAAUACGCAUGAAAUAUCGACA